UGCCGUGGUUGCGUGUUGAGUCGCUGGGGCUGCAACUGGUGUGUCCACCAGCACACCUGUACCCACAAGCCCGCCUGUGACGAGGGGGUUAUCAUCUAUAACGAACACGUAAGUCACACACACUGCGACAACGGUCAGUUAGCUAGAGAUCAAAAAGCAUGUUGCACGUGAGGCCAAGACAGAAGAAAAGAGAGGAAUGCUGCCCACACUCGCUAUAUCGUUGGUUGUAGAGUUUGGUCCACCUAUUGCACCCUAGUGUACAGUGGCAUGGUAAGUCUAGGCUGUUUGGGGCCAAUCCAUUGUAGAUGGUUGAGUGAAAGCGUCUCUAACGCGGACAACACAGAAUGUUGGGAGACAUUAAUAACCAGACACUUAUUCUCACUGCACCUCAUGUCCCAAAACAAACAAACAUCCAAUAUAACUAAUGGUCAUCUCCAUUUUGCCUGUGUCGCCAACCAAGUGCAUGAGUUGUCAUCAUUGAUGGUAAUACUGGAAACAUAUAGGAUACAUGUUUCACAUCUGAUUUUCAGUCAAUUUAUGAGUUUGUUUAUUUUAUCAGUUUUCUUUAGUCGUUUGUUUGUUUAUUUCUGUCUCACCCUCUCCCCCUUUACGCCCCCACUCCCACCCUUCCACCACCCAGUUCAAACUCCCCACCCCGGCUCCACCCACAACCAAAGCCGUUACUAUAACAACGACUUCCCCAUCCACAACAGUGGCCCCAACAACUACAACAACAACAGCACCCCCAACAACUACAUUUACCACAACUAUCGCCACGACUACAACAACCAAAGCCCCUAACACCAUAGCUACCGUCCAGGAACCUACGACAACCCUGCCUACAAUCACCACCCCGGAGCCGACUACACCACCCACCACUGCUAUGCCGACCGAGGCCCCCACCACUCUUCCCCCUACAACGUUAGCCGAAGCUACACCGCCCAUGCCUGAGACCACCACCAGUGAGGAAGAAGAGCAAACAACCGCAGAAGAGCUCGCUGCAGAGGCUGAAACUGAAAGUGAAACUGUAGGCCCCGUGGUUACCCCUGGCGACGUGGAGCUUGCCGCGGAAACUGAGGUGGCGACGGUUAUGACCGAAGACGGGCAGCCAUCCGAUGGUCUUGCCACCCUAAUCCCCCUGGCGUUUCCGCCCGAGACAUCCCCAUUGGAAGUGGUCACCGCAUCCUCCCCUCAGGAACUGGACGAGGCUCUGAGUCUGGCGGAGCCCCCCAUGGAGGUCCAGCCCACACCUGUCAGCUACCCUCUCCCGACCCCAUUCCCCCUGGGGGAACCGGCCGACUCAGAGCUCACCUUCCACCUGGACCUGACAGAGGCCCCCUCCCCGCUCCCGCUAGACCACCUCCCCCCCACCGAUGCCGAGGGCCAGGGUGCCGAGCCGGAAGUGCUUCUCUGGCCCAGGGAGGAAGUGGAGGCGGAGAACGACACCACCACGUUUUCGGCUGCCAGCGUGCUCUCAGGGGACGGAGAGGCCGCUGACCUCUUCCUUUCGGCAUCGGCCUACCCCCAGCUCCUGGAUGCCAACUCAGAGCUGGACUACCAGUAUGACUCAUCCGACGCUUUCCUGCCGGUGAGUUAGAAAUUCGUCCAGAGCUUCAACGGCCACCGUGCUCCCAGCUCUUAACUGGACACAGUUCUAGAAUCCCACUUCUAUCACCAAUUGUCAGAAUCCCAGCUCUUCCCUUAUCCCCUUGCUAUUCCUCACCGUGUUUUGCUUUUGUUGUUGUUGUUGGCAUGUUUGACGUUGCUUCUGCUUUUGGAAAUCGAUCCGAAAAAAUGGCUGAGACAGCACAAGCUGGAGCAGUUGUUUUUUCGUGAAUGUUUUCAUACGUUUUAUUAUUUGAUAGGCCAUUUUAACAGUUAGUAUUACAUCAAGAAGCUUAGAACCUCCUUAUUAUAUAUAACAGUCAAUUGUUUAUGGGUUGACGAGAUAAACAGAAAAUUGCGAUACCUUGUGUUGGUUGGAGUGUGUGUCCUUCUGAAUGUGUACGUGUAUUUAUCUAACAGUGCUGUGUAUGUGGGGAGUGUAGGGGGACGAGGGCUCCUAUGUGAGUUGGGGCUCGUCUGCUUGCCCCUGUGUGGAGAAGGUCCGGGGUUCGCCUCUGUUACCAGUCAGAGUGGCGAGGAAGAUCACACUACUCGCCCGAAACCUCCACCUGUACCAGGUAACACUCAGUCACACACAAACACACCACUAGGGUCGAGGGCAACUGCAUUUGCAAGAUUCAUGAACUAUAAAGAAAAACAAUGUAUUUGAUUCUGUUGUAAUCUGGUUCAAUGUGUGUGUGUGCAGGACAAAGACCUGGACUACGAAUGUGUGUUGGUGAUCGAGGGGCGGACGGUGGUGGUAGACGCCUAUGUGGAAAUGGAUGAGAUUAACCCGUCUCUCUUUGACAUCACCUGUCAGCUGCACCAGGUCAGACUAUUCCAUUCUACUCACUGACAGUUUCUGUGAAAACUUAAGUACUCAAUUGAAGUUUCUGUGGAAGCUUUAGUACACAAUUGAAGUUUCUGUGGAAACUUUAGUACUCAAUUGAAGUUUCUGUGGAAACUUUAGUACACAAUUGAAGUUUAUGUGGAAACUUUAGUACUCAAUUGAAGUUUCUGUGGAAACUUUAGUACUCAAUUGAAGUUUCUGUGGAAACGUUAGCACUAAACUGAAGUUUCUGUGGAAACUUUAGCACUCAGUUUCUGUGGAAACUUUAACAACUCUACUUCUCGCCGCAGUAUUCCUACUCGGCUCCAGUGGAUGAGUACAACGCCAUGGUGUACGUGAAGAGGCGGGACACCUUCCACGUGGACAGCUCUCACGACCUGUAUGGUGAGCCCCAGACCCAUAGUGCUGGGGAACAGAUGCUGCCAGCCCAGACAGCUGUGUUGUUGCUCUCGGCCAUAACAUUGUUUUUAAAUGUUUUCUUUUAUGCUUCUGAAUCAGACAUAUGGCAAAUGGUCCCAAGAGAAUGUUCUCACGUUUUCAGUUUUCACUCCCUUCCCCAAGGACGCGGGUAGCUCGAGUGUGACUUGUUUACACGCAGUGCAUUCUGUUUUGUACAAGUUCUCUCUCUCUCUCUCUCUCUCUCUCUCUUUCUCUCUCUCUCUCUCUCUCUCUCUCUCUCUCUCUCUCUCUCUCUCUCUCUCUCACAAUCACUGUAUUAUCUCUCUCUCUCUCUCAAUUACUAUUAUCUCUCUCUAUCUCAAUGACUUAUCUCUCUCUCUCUCUCUCUCAAUGACUGUAUUAUCUAUCACCCUCUCUCUCUCUCUCUCUCUCUCUCUCUCUCUCUCUCUCUCUCUCUCAAUGACUGUACUCUAUCAAUGACUGUAUUAGAUCUCUCUCUCUCUCAAUGACUGUACUAUCUCUGUCUCUUAAUGGCUGUAUUAUUGUUGCUUAAUGUUUAAAUCUACACUCAUUCAACAUAAUGUAAACUCUAAUUCACGGUAUCUCUCUCACAGUCUCUAUAACUCUCUCUCUCUGUCCCUCCUAGUUACUCUGUACAACUGUUCGGUGGGGCGUUCUGACUGUAGCCGGUGUCACACGGCGGACCAGAAGUACGGCUGUGUGUGGUGCGGAGGGGACCAGUCCACCUGUCUCUACGGAGACUCCUGCAGUGAGCCCAUCGAACAGACCUGCCCCGCCCCCGUCAUCCAUGCCGUGAGUACACUUUUUAAAACUCAACACUUGCAUAGUGUCGUAAUGACAUAAGUGUGACAGAUGUGAUUAUAGAGUCAUUAUGAAACUAACUUAAACACAGUUAGGUUGAAAACGAUGCAAUUCGCUUAGUUUAUGUUCACUAGAAUGUUUAUGGCUUAACUUAAUGGAAUGAACCAGAGUCAUUUAUAGAGAUAUAACUCUGGAAUUACUGUUCUAGUCUUAUUGUUGAGGAGGAGAAAGAAUCAGUUCUAACAUGUGUUUUAUGCUUCUGUGUUAGAUUGAGCCCCUGUCUGGUCUGGUGGAGGGGGGAACAGUGCUGACCAUCUCAGGGUCCAACUUGGGCCAGAAGGCUGAGGACAUCCUGCACUCUGUCACUGUGGCCGGGGUUUCCUGCUCUGUCACCCCCCACCUCUACGAGGUCUCCUCCAGGUAUGGACUGUGAGGGUGUGCGUCCCUGUGUUAGGUAGGGGGAGUUGACGUGUGUGUGUGAGAUUACUACUUCUGUGUGAGAUUGCUAUGUCCUUCUGUAGGAUUGUGUGUAAGACCAAAGCCAGCGGGGGAGAGAAGACGGGUCAGGUGUCAGUAGAAGUGAGCGGGGGAGAGUUUGGCCUCUCCAGCCAGAGGUUCAGCUACCAGGACCCGUUUGUGAUGGAGGUGUCCCCCAAGAGGGGCCCCAAGGCAGGGGGCACGUCCCUGACCAUCACUGGGAGGAACCUGCUCACGGGACGCUCCUCUGACAUCACUGUCACCGUGGGAGGAGUGCCAUGUGUCAUGUGAGUGAUUGUGAAACACACUCAUGAACACACACAUUAUUUUAGACAGACGCACAUAAAGAGAGACACACAGAUACAUUAUCCUAUUCACUGUGCUGUACUUCCCUGUUCUCUACUCUCCCUCUUCCUCCUCCUCCCUCCUCUUCUCUCCUCCCCCCUCAUCUUCUCUCCUCCUCUUGUCUGCUCCCCCCAGUUUAUCAGAGGCCCAGGAGGACAGUGUGGUGUGUGUGACGGGCAGCAGCAACAGGACAGGCGAUCACCGCGUGACGCUUCGCUAUGGCAACAGCCAGCGCCACCUUCACGAGUCGGCCUACCGCUUCACCCCCAACCCCAACAUCACCCAGGCCGCGCCCGCCAAGAGCUUCCUCAGGUGUGUGUGUGACCUCCGUUACAGAUCUAUAGAUGUGUCAUUUGAAGUGAACUGAAGUUGGUUUAAGUGAACUUCGCUUAAGGGAACUUCUUGAAAAAAAAUAUCUGAAGUUGAGUGGACUUGACAGCACUGGACUGGAACACUUGUGUGGACACUCAAUAUGGCCGCAAGUCUGACCAUCACAGAACAUUAACUUGAAUGGGCAUGACCAUUCUAGUAGUUCAAUUUCUAUGUUUAUGAUGACACACUGUCCUCCUUAUCUGUGUGUAGCAGUGUCUGUCUGGUCCCUGGCCCCACUCAUACAUAGAAAUGGUACACUGAGUGGACAAAACAUUAAGGACACCUGCUCUUUCCAUGAUAUAGACUGACCAGGUGAAUCCAGGUGAAAUCUAUGAUCCCUUAUUGAUGUCACUUGUUAAAUACACUUCAAUCAGUGUAGAUUAAGGGGAGGACACAGGUUAAAGAAGGAUUUCUAAGCCUAAAUUCAGUGUCCCUGGCCCCACUCAUACAUAGAAAUUGUAUAUUUCAGAACGCCAGUGUUGUGACACAUCUCAUGCCUCUCUGUGUGUGUCGAGGUGGGUGUCUGGUCUUUGUGUUGGGCCACAACCUGUUCGUUCUAGUAAUUGUAUUUCUAUGGGUUUGUGACACAUUUCUUCCCCUCUCUCUGUAUAGCGGUGGCCGUCUAGUCUUCGUGUCGGGUCACAACCUAGAUGUGGUACAGGAACCUAGGAUGUUGGUCACUGUGUACCCCUGGGAGUCCAUCCCCCAGAGGAGGAGGAGGAGGAGGAGUGGAGGAGAAAGGGAGCAUGAGACGGAGGACAAGGUGAUGUGGAGGCAUCGCAGGAUCAUACCGGAGCCCAACUGCCCUGGGGACCCCGUCUGCUCCAUCAUACAGGUGUGUGGAUAGGGAGAGUGCGUGCGUGAGAGAGGGUGGACAGACUGUAAAGAUGUCAUUCAUCUUUCUCCUGUAUUUCGGAGAUGAAAGUCUAUUCUAAGAAAUAAUAUUGUGACUAUGUCUCAGGCUUUCAUUACAAAAAUUUUACAUUUUACUUUUUAGUCAUUUACCAGACGCUUUUAUCCAGAGCGACUUACAGUAGUGAGUGCAUACAUUUCAUACUUUUUUCGUACUCAAUGAAAUUCCUUACUCUCUUUCUCCCUCCCUCACCUCUUCCCCUCCCUCCCUCACCUCUUCCUCUCCCUCACCUCUCCCCUCCCUCACCUCUCCAUCUCUUUCUCCCCCACUGCCCUCCAUCUUGGGUUAUUGAAUAGUACUUUGUGACAACUGCUGAUGUAAAAAGUGCUUUAUAAAUACAGUUGAUUGAUGGCUUGAUUUACCCCUCCCCCUUUUCUCUAUCUCCCCCACCAGUACAUGGAGCGUUGCGAGGUCAACUCGUCCAUUCUGAUCCUGUGCCGGAGCCCGGCAGUGGAGUCUUCUGUGUGGGGCUCGCGGGUGGAUGUGGCCUUCCUCCUGGACAACCUGCACUUCCCGUUUGGCGCCGUCAGCCCCCAGGGGGCCUUCAGCUACGAGCCUAACCCCGUGCUGCACCCGCUCAACCAGCAGGAGCCCCUCAAGCCCUACCGCUACAACCCAGGAAGCUUUAUUCAGCUGGAGGUUAGCAUUAGCCACUAGCUGCUACUCUCUCAACUUGUUAAAUAAGCUGCUGGAGGCUAGCCAGCUUCAAUCUAACAGCAUGUACAGUUGACAGCUGGAGGUUAGCAUUACCCGCUAACUACUACUAUAAAGCCAAGGCAAGGGGAUAGAAUGGAAAGUAUGUUUUAUUUUUAAUUUUUUACUGCAAGACUUUCCACUCAACUGGAAGGCCUUGCAGCCGAAAGUUGCAGUCGGAAAUGAAACGCUUUCAUUCUAUCCCCCUGUCUGGAAUUUAGUAGAAGGCUAGACUCCCAUGUGAGAUAGACCUGCACGUUGGGAAAAAAGAGGAAUGUUCCAAAGAAAAGGCAAGGAAUGCAGACGUUUUGAUUCAAGCAUGAUGCUCAGUGUGGUAAUAUAUUCUCUCCCUCUCUCUAGUUCUCCCUCUCCUCCCUCUCAUCUCAUACUCCGCUUAUGUCUUUCUAUGUCCGUCCGUCCGUCCGUCCCCCCCGUCCCCGUCCCCCAGGGUGAGAACUUGGACCUGGCCAUCUCUAAAGAGGAGGUGGUGGUGCUGGUGGGGGAGGGGGUGUGUGCCGUGAAGACCCUGACCAGGAACCACCUGUACUGCGAGCCGCCACCUCAACAGCCCUUCCCGGGACCCCCCAACGGCGGAAGGAAACGCGAGGGUGCCGACACGCUGCCCGAGUUCACUGUGAGACCACCUCCGCCUCUGCAGUUCCGUUCCUAUACGCACUGUCCCAAAGACAAAAAUACACAUUACAGUACACAAGAUAGAUAAGAGCAUUCAUUCCAACACAAUAGGGCUGUGUCUAAAAACGUUAUUAGUUGUCAAAUCCGUGCUUCCCCUGUCCUUGUUUCCUCCGUUUCUCACUUCUCUCUCAAAGCGCAUUGGAGGAGAGGGUCCAAGAUCCCUCCCUCGGACCUCAUCCUCCAAUGCGCUUUGAGAGAGAGACAUUGAGGAAAGGAAAGUGGGGGAAGGACUGAGUCAACAGUAAGGUUUUCUGAUAAAGCACGGUUGACACAUCUCAAUUGGCUCCCUCACCCCAUUUGAGGCUAACUAAGCUUAACCCAAACUAACCCUAACCCCAGUUUGUACAGUCUAGCGCCAUAGCAGAUUUGUCUGUGUGUGUUCCAGGUCCACAUGGGCAACCUGAACUUCUCCCUGGGCAGGGUGCAGUACGACAUCCUCAGCCUGUCCACCUUCCCCCUGGAGGCCCAGGUAGGGGUGGGCGUGGGGUCCUCCAUCCUAGCCCUCAUCGUCCUCAUCAUAGUGCUCAUCUACAGGUAUGUGUGUGUGCGCAAGUAUUUGUUUACGUGAACCUUAUGUAUCUUGGGAUGUGAGUCCAGUUCUAAUGUGCGUGUGUUAACAGGAGGAAGAGUAAGCAGGCUCUGAGGGACUACAAGAAGGUUCAGAUCCAACUGGAGAACCUGGAGACCAGCGUGAGAGACCGCUGCAAGAAGGAGUUCACAGGUCAGACCCCAACACUAACUAACCCAUAGAACUAUAAUUACUAGAACCAGCAUCCCCAUUCAAGUCAAUGGCCAUAUUGAGGGUUCCCAUAACUAGGAGGUACAAGUAGAUGCAAUAUAUUUCUAUGCACUAACCUUCUCCCCCACAGGCAGGGUCAGAGGGACAGAGGGAUAUAGAGAGAGACUGUGGUAUAGGGUAAGAGAAGUGACAAGAAAGAGUUGGGGAUACUGCUGCGAGAAAGAGUUCCCAAUUCAGUCACACACCACAGCAGACAGUCUAAAUAGAAUAGUGGUUGGGCACUUCUGGUCCUGGAGGGCGGCAGUGUACAGGCUUUUGUUCCAGCCCAGCACUAACACACCUUAAUCUCUCCAAAUGAGACAGAGAGAUAUGAAAUGAGAGAGGAAGAGACAUGGGAAGAGAGACAUUUCAAUAUAUUACUAACCCCCCAAUAGGAGAGUAGCAGGCUCUUUCUAUAUUUCUCACCUAUCCAAUCCUUUCAGUGUGUGAAUCCCGAUAGAAUAUCCAAUCCUUUCAGUGUGUGUACCCCGAUAGAACUCGAUAGAAGCUAGGAAAAAUUGAAAAAUGAGAUGCUUGAGAACCCCCUGUGUGUUUAUUUAUCCUUGUUUUUAACUUUCUUUAUAAAAGGAUCUCAUCAAAUAAUCCCCCUGUACGUAUGAAAUGUCUCCAAAUUCCACUCAGUGGGCUUCUGACAAUAACAAGUUUAAUUUUGGCCCCACUCCUCGCCCAAUGUCAACAUUCAUCGCUUUUGAAGCAAUAACACCAUUCUCGGCAUCUAGUUUCAACGUCAACAGACCAGUUCAGUCGGACUAGAAUAAACUUUAUUGUCCACACCAAAGUGUGGAAACUUGGCUGUACAAUGACAUUGACAACAUUAAAAACCAUGAGUCGAGCUCCCUGAGGGAAGUUUCUCAUGGUUGUGGGGAGGUGUGCCCCUUUCUGUCCAAUGAGGUAACUUCUGGACAAUAUAUCUGUUCAUUUAGCUGACCCUUUUGGCUUCAUUCCAAAAGUUCCGUAUAGCCUUUUUAAAGGGCCUCUUUUCUCCACUGACUUUCACUGGAAUGGCGGGGACUGUGAUUGGACACACAAACACACACACACACACAGACACACCCUAACACACACAUUAUUUUUUGUUGUAUUAUUUGUAUUAGUUUUUAGUUGUAUUGUUUGAAUAUCGUUGUAUUUUUAAUUUGUGUGACUGUCUUUGUCUAUCAGUGCUUUACUUGUCAUGAUUUAUUUUUUGUGGACCACAGGAAGUAGCUGCUCUUGUAUUUAUUCCUGUUUAUUUAUUUAUUGUUGUAUUUAUUCCUCCUGUUAUUAUCUUUCUAUUCUUUUUCUAUUUUUCUCUCUCCAUUGUUGGGAACACCUGUUGUUUUACGAAGCUUGCAAAAACUAAUGGGGAUCCAAAUAAACAAAACAAAUAAAACUCACCCCUUUUUCGAUUGGCACAUGUUCCGAGCAAGGUCACACCGCUUUAACCUUUGAACUCCUGACCCCGCCCCCCCUAGACC